UCUCCCUGCGCACAUCCCCAUGGACCGCACCGUGGUGCUCAUCACCGGCUGUUCCUCCGGCAUUGGCCUACACCUGGCCCUGAGACUGGCAUCCGACCCGUCCCAGAGCUUCAAAGUGUACGCCACGAUGAGGGACCUGGCGUCACAGGGCCCACUGCUGGAGGCCGCCCAGUCCCGAGGGUGCCCUCCCGGCUCCCUGGAGACGUUGCAGCUGGACGUGAGGGAUGCAGAUUCCAUAGCCGCUGCCCAAGCACGCGUGACGGAGGGCCGCGUGGACGUGCUGGUGUGUAACGCAGGUCGGGGCCUGGUGGGGCCGCUGGAGGCCCACAAGGAGGGCAGCGUGGACGCCGUGCUGGACGUGAACUUAAUGGGGACCGUGCGGAUGCUGCAGGCCUUUCUGCUGGACAUGAAGCGCCGCCGGUCGGGACGCAUAUUGGUGACGGGGAGCGUCGGCGGCCUGAUGGCGCUUCCCUUCAACGCCGUUUACUGCGCCAGCAAGUUCGCGCUCGAGGGUUUGUGCGAGAGUCUGGCGAUUCUGCUGCAGCCCUUCGGGGUCCACGUGAGCCUCAUCGAAUGCGGCCCAGUGCACACCCCCUUCCCCGAGAAGCUGGAGGGCGGCCUGGGCGGGAUGCUGGACCGCGCGGACGCCGAGACCCGCGACCUCUUCUACCGCUACCGUCGCCACUGCGAGCGGGUCAUACGUGAGGCGGGUCAGGACCCGGAGGAGGUGGUAGAGGUCUUCCUCCAGGCGCUGCGCGCCCCGCGCCCGGCCCUGCGCUACUUCACUACCGAACGGUUCCUGCCGCUGGUGCAGCUGCGCGUCUCCGACCCCAGCGGCUCCAGCUACGUCGCCGCCGCGCACCAGUCAGCGUUCCACGACAAGGCGGCCGAGGGCUCCGACGGCGCCGGGGCGGAGGCCGAAGCUGGUAAACUGGGGGCAUCUGAGCUCCGCGCUCCUCUCGCCCCUCAAUAAAAGGCCUAAUCCGCCGCUGUCUCCCGCGCUCUCCUUUGCGGCCCCGGGGGAUGGCGUGCGUUUGGGGAACGGAGAGGGGCUUUGACUGGGCUGCACCUGCGUGACCACCGGCGCGCACAGUGGGUGGAUGAUCCCGAAAGACGGUGUUAGCCCGAGGGAUACUUCCGGAAACCGAGGCCCAGAAAGGGAAAGAGCUAGCUCCAGGUCAGGCCUCAAGUUCGCCGGACAGCAGGGGGAGCAUUCCCUGUAUUCUUGGCCUGGGGUGUUUGCAGCCAUCAGAGUUAGGGGGACCUGGCAGGGGAGAGUUGGCUUGUGACGCGGCUCCGGAGAGUCACGGAACCUUAGGCAACGUUCUUACCCUCUCUGAGUCUCUUUUCUUACCUGAAAAAUGGGUAUGAUACCUAUGUGGGGGCUUCCCAGGUGGCGCAGUGGUAAAGAAUCCGCCUGCUAAUGCAGGAGACAGUGGUUCGGUCCCUGUCAGGAAGAUCUCCAGAAGUAGGAAAUGACAAGCCACUCCAGUAUUCUCCCCCGGAGAAUUGCAUGGACAGAGGAGCCUGGAAGGCUACAAUCCACUGAAUCACAAAGAAUCAGACACAACUGAGCGCUGCAGACACACAAAUACCAUGGGUUGUGAUAAGAAUGAACUGAGAUAGUGCCUGAAAGUGCUGGUAUUAGAGGUCUUAAUAGCAGGCACUGAGUAACAUUGUUACUACUAGGGGUGUUACUAUUGUCAUUGUGUUCCCCUGUAGAAGCCAGAUGUGUAAAGAAGAAACAAGGCUAAAUGAGCCAAGAGGAGACAGCCCCACUCACCCCCUCCUUGCCUCCUGCCCUAGACAACACUCAACAGGAGAGAUCCCUGUUGGGAGCCGGCGGGAUGCACCCAGUCCGUGACAAGGUCAUGGGACGAGAGAGGAACCUGCAAGGCAGCUCUUCCUCACAUGGGGCUGCCCCGGGGGCCCAAUGUGUUCCCUCCCAAUGAGAAAGGAACCUACAAGGCAGCUCUUCCCCUCGAGGUUGUCCCAGGGGCCUGGUAUGCCCCUUUCUUCCUUCUGUCUUACUGUUGUUGGGCUUUCUGUUAACUUUUGGAAAUAUAAUAUAUAGUAAUAAGGCCUCACUGGAAAAGCCCAAGCCUUUUUGGAAAUGCUCAUGAUUGCUCUGGCUCAGGACACGACCAUAAACAUCAAGUCAAAAAAGAAAAGGCCACAGGUAUAGUUUGGAUGCUUGCUUAAAAGAUUAUAAUGUUCUAGAAUAGAAAAGAGUAGAGGUAUUUAGAUUUAGAAGUAGAUAUACUGCUUUAGGUUACUUGCUCCUUGGUUGAAAGGGUUUUCAUUAUUGCUAUUUCCUUGCUGCUAUUUGUUCAUUAUUUCCCUUUCUUUAAACAACACGGAAUAUUAUGGGUAUUUUUGUAAAAUUAGAAAAUGGGGUAUAUAGGAUUUCAAUAGAAGAUUUAUAUUAACCAGCUUCACUGCCAUUAUCUCACUAUUAAUAGAGGUGUUUUGUGCUUUAGAGGUGUUUUUGCUGUUUAAUAGACAAUCAUUGUAAAUUGAGAUUUUGUGGUUUCAGGUAAAGAAAAAUAUCAGGUUUUUCUCAUGGUACUAUUCUCAGAAAUGUCAAACAUGUUACUCUGACCCUUCCCAUGUAUUGUUUUAUUGUCCAAAGAAUUUACACUAUACCUGAGAUUUGUGGAACAUUGUUUUUGUUAGAGUGAGAAUGUUAGGCCAUUGAGGCAAGAAGACUAUGUACAGGACAUUUAAGUAUAAACCCUGUAAUCGGAAACGUUCUAGAUGAAUGCAUAGGGGGAAAACAUGGGAAAAAAUAUUGACGGAAGCACAAACCAAUAUCUGAUGUAAUAUGUGGUGACUUAAGGGGGAGGUAACGUUCAUUCUAUAAAAACCGAGCUAUCCUAAAAAUUAAAAAAAAAAAAACUACCUCUUCUACGAAACCUUCUGUGUGUCUGUCUGUCUG